AUGCAAUUUUUAUUUAAAAUUUGUGUCUUAUUAAUUAUCCUCAAAUGUACAGUCAGUGAACUUCAAUGUUUGUCUUCAAAUAGAAACGUAGAUAAGUGUCAAGAUUGGAAAAAAAUGUCUGUAUUUGUGACUGACCUAGUGGGUCGAUCAAUCGUUGAUAAUAAAAUUGAAACAAAAUCUAACAUAUUAACUCUGUUGAUUCGUGCGGCAUCAGGUGUUGUCGGACACGGCACCAAUGCUCUAAAAACUCUUAUAGUAAACGGAUUGGUGCUUCUAACGCAAAUUGUUCUAACUGUUUCUGAUUACGGAACAACAAAUUAUAGAACUACUAGCCAAAAAAAUAUUUUUCCUGAUGGUCGACCAAUCGACUGGGUUAUGAAUAAUCCAUAUAUUAAAUCUAUGAUGAAUGAUGCAACCGACGAAACGUUACCAGAACUAUUGAUCGAACAAUUAGCGUCGGGUAUGCCGUGUGUUCAGUUACUGCUUUGUCGUCUAUCACCAAUCAUACACUACAUGCAGCGUCAGGUGAAGGAGAAUAGCCACGGUCCACCUCAUAAACGGCUUUCGUGGGAUGUAUCUGACUGGCAGCAAGUCAAAAAGAAUGCAAAGCAUUGCGUUGAAAAACAUAAUGACUGUGCAAAAAUUAUGAAACUGAAUUCGUCUAGAUGA